GCCUUAAAAAUAAUAAAAACAGGUCAUCACAAAAACUGUUAGGUUAUGUUCAACGUUAUUGUGUUUUUUUAGUAAAAUGUCUUUGGUAGCUUACGAUAAUAGUGAUUCCGACGGCGAAGAAUCAGAACAUGAAGUUCGAGAAAACGGAAAAGUUAUUAUCCCAGAGAAAGGUUUAUUUACGAGUUUACCACAGCCAAACGUACAAAAUAAUACAGAUGAAGUUACAGAAGAGGAGGACGAGUUCUUAAAAAAGAAGGAAGUUGGAAUGGAUAAACCACCCAAACAAAAAAUCAAGAUCACUGUACCAUUACCAUCAGAUUUUUCCGAUGAAGAGGAUGAAGGUGGAAAUUUGAAAAAGAAACAAAAAACUUUAUCAAAAUCAUCAGGAUUGUUUGCAAUAUUACCUCCACCAAAAACACAACCAAUAACAACAAAACAUUUUGUACCAAAUUCAGUAAAACGGAACCUAACACCAAAAAAUGCAACCCAAAACAUUAAAAAUCCAAAAAUAAAUAAAGCACCACCAACUAAACCAAAAAAAGAAAUUGUACCCGAAGAACUUGAAAGUGAUGAUGAAGAUCUUAAAGAUAUCCCAGAUACAUUUGAUGAGGAAACAUGGCAAAAAGUUUGUGGGAAAGUUAAAAAGCCAAUUAAACCGAUUAUUGAAGUUGUGUCAGAACCUGGUAAUGAGGCGGUUAUUGAAAUUGCACCUGAACCAGUAAAAUCUUAUCAAGGAUUGGAUAAUAAAGCUUUCAAAGAACUUAUGGGGGCUAAUCAUAAAAGAAAAGGUCAACAACAAAAUAUCAAUAUUGUUGAUAUCAAUGAAGAAGAAAUACUACCUGAUAAAGAUGUUUGGAUGACAAAGGCGUUAACCGAUCCGGAACUUAGCGCUAAAUAUGUCGUGAAAGAUCCUGUAAAUGAUACAUGCAAAAGGAAACAUCAUAUUACGUAUUUAGCCCAACAGGCGAAAGCCAACGAGCAAGAAUUGCAGAAUCAAUGGGCUUCGAACAGAUUUACUCGGCAGAAAACGCAGGCGAAAUAUGGAUUUUGAGAUAUUAAAUAAUAAGAUUAGUUAAUAAAAUUUUUAAAUAAAA